AUGUCGCUCUUGUUUUACAAGUUUAUACUCUUAUUUACUUUAUUAAUUAAGGAAAGUUCGCUGCGGUCUGUCGAAGAUGAGGAAACAUUUCUUAAGGCACCACAGUACACGCACUACGAUGAUUUAGUCAAAUCAUUUGACGAGUUAGAAACGACAUAUCCGGAACUGGCUAAAGUUUACUCGAUCGGGAAGUCUGUUGAAGGACGUCGAUUGCUAGUGCUACAGAUAAGUGAAAGUGUGAAAAACGAGCACCCAGAACGACCGGCAUUCAAGUAUGUCGCCAAUAUGCAUGGUGACGAAUCUAUUGGACGAGAGCUAAUGGUUUACCUGGGGAAAUAUCUUUUGAUGAAUUACGGUAAAAAUGACAGGGUGACGCGACUUGUUAAUACCACCGAUAUACAUUUGAUGCCUUCGCUGAAUCCUGACGGUUUUGAAGCGAGCAAAGAGGGCGAGUGCGAAUCCCUGCAAGAGUCCGCCGGCCGCAACAACGCCAAGGGCGUCGACCUAAACCGGGACUUCCCCGACCAGUUCGACCGCAACCGUUCCAACGAGGAGGCCUAUUUGUUCGGCGGCAGGCAGCCCGAGACCGCUGCGCUGAUGCGCUGGGUGCUCGGCAAGCAGUUCGUGCUGUCUGGCAACCUCCACGGCGGCGCCGUAGUUGCUAGCUACCCGUACGAUGACUCCAGCACCGGCAAGGAUUGCUGUGAGGAGAGCCGCUCGCCCGACAACGAGCUCUUCAAGCACCUGGCCACCGUCUACGCGUCCCAGCACGUGGACAUGAAGCGUGGCAACGUCUGCCCCCCGGAUAACUUCGACGGCGGCGUCACCAACGGCGCCUUCUGGUACUCCGUUCAAGGUGGCAUGCAGGACUUCAACUACGUUCACUCGAACUGCUUCGAGGUGACCUUCGAGCUGAGCUGCUGCAAGUAUCCCCGCGCAGUACAGCUGCCAGAGUUCUGGAAGGCGAACAAGGAGCCCCUGCUGGCCUUUAUGGAGCAGACCCAUAUCGGAGUCAGCGGGUUCGUGCUGGACGAGGAUGGGCUACCGGUGAAGGGUGCUGAGAUCCUGGUGGACGGGAUCGCACAUCCAGUGAAGAGUACCGAACACGGCGCCUACUGGCGGCUGCUGCUACCAGGCGACUACAACGUCACCGCCCGCGCUGCAGGCUACACGCCACCCAAGCCCGUUAUGGUCACCGUCGAGGAGGGCUCCCCGGCGACGGUCAACUUCACCGUCCACCGUCGGCCGCGCUCCAUCACCGUCGAGCGCAACAGGCACCCGCGUCACGAGAUCGACGGCAUUCCCCCAGCGGACUUCGCCCACCACAACUACACGGCGAUGGAGGCGUACCUGAGGGGGCUGCAGGAGUCGUACCCGCACAUCGCGCGCCUCACGAGCAUCGGCAGGUCCGUCGAGGGCCGCGAGCUGUACGUGCUGGAGGUCACGCGGGACCCCGGAAGGCACAUACCCGGCAAGCCCGAGUUCAAGUACGUGGCGAACAUGCACGGCAACGAGGUGGUCGGCCGCGAGAUGCUGCUGCUGCUGGCCAAGUACCUCUGCCAGCAGUACACCAGCGGCGAUGAGAGGAUCCAGCGGAUGCUGAACACCACCAGGAUACACCUGCUGCCCAGCAUGAACCCGGACGGCUACGAGAAGAGCAAAGAGCGAGACUUCAGCAGCCUGAAGGGAAGGCCUAACGCGCACAACGUUGACCUCAACAGGAACUUCCCCGAUCAGUUUGGACCCACGCAGGACAACGCCGUGGCCGAGCCGGAGACGAGGGCGGUGAUGAACUGGUCGAUGUCAAUCCCCUUCGUGCUGUCUGCCAACCUCCACGGGGGCGCGCUGGUGGCCAACUACCCUUACGACGGCAGCCCCGACAUGGAGAGCGGAGCAGAGUACCUCACCCCUGACAACCCGGUCUUCGUGCACCUAGCCCACGUCUACUCCAACGCUCACCGCAAAAUGCAUCUCGGCCAGCCGUGCAAGAACGUCCCAGACGAAAAGUUCCCGGACGGGAUCACGAACGGCGCUAAAUGGUACGUGCUCGCCGGCGGCAUGCAGGACUGGAGCUACCUGCACACCAGCGACAUGGAGCUGACCCUGGAGCUGGGCUGCUACAAGUUCCCGCCGGCUGAAGACCUGCCCACCUACUGGGAGGACAACAGGGAGGCCCUCCUCCAGUUCAUAGAGCAGGUGCACCUGGGCGUGCACGGGUUCGUGCACAGCCACAUCGGCCACCCGCUGGCGGGGGCCAGCGUGGCGGUGGCGGGGAUCCGCCACUCGGUGCGGACCUGGGCCGACGGCGGCUUCUGGCGGCUGCUGCGGCCCGGGGACUACAACGUCACCGCCGCCAAGGACGGGUACGAGAGCGUGACGGAGUCGGUGAGGGUGCCGGAGAACGGCUCCGUGAGCGUCAACUUCACGCUGAUGGUGGACGACCCCCAGCACUGGUCCUCCGCCUACGACUUCCGGGUCCUCGAGAACAUAGUGAACACGAGGUACCACAGCCCCGUGGAGAUGUACGCGGAGCUCUCCGAGCUGGAGAACCGGUACCCAGACGUGGCGGAGUUCAAGGCCGGCGACGCGCUCAGGACCUCGGCGCUGCACCGGCUCGAGCUGACAGACCAGAUCGGCUCGCCCGAGGAGACCAAGUUCCGGAUAGCGCUGAUCAGCAACCUGUACGGCUCGCAGCCGCUCGGCCAGGAGUUGCUGCUGAACUUCGCCCGCCACCUCGCCACCGCGUACACCAUCGGGGAGCCGGUGCACCAGCGGCUGCUGAGGAACGCCGUCCUCCACUUCAUCCCCAACAUCGACCCUCUGUACAAGAAACUCCUCAAGGAGUACGACGGCUCGGACAAAUGCGACCUGGAACCGCUGGAGGAGGAGUUCGGUGACAGGGUCUACGACCACCUGACGGGGAAAGACCUCGACCCUUUGAGCAACUACACGCGCGAGAAGGCCUUCGUGGACAUGCUGGUGCAGGAGGACUACGACCUGGUGGUGGAGUUCGCGUCGGGCACCGAGGGCGUCGCCUACCCGGAGCUGUCCAAGGAAAUCUACGAGCUAUUUGCCAGGCGGUUCCAGGAGAGCAGGACGCCCAGCGAUCGGUACAGCUGCCCCGAGCUGGAGGUGGACCCGAAACACGGGAACCUGGUGGACCUGGUCGGCGAACGCUAUGGCGUGCCAGUGGUGGCAGUGGGCCUGAGCUGCUGCAAGAUGCCGGCGCCGCAGGCCAUCGGCUGGGUGUGGAGGGACAGCCUGCGCGGGCUGAUGGACCUGGUCAAGGUGGCGAAUACGGGCGUGAAGGGUUUCAUAAAGAACGAGGACGGCCUGCCGCUGCGCGACGCCACGCUGUCGCUGGUGGGGCGUGGCAGCGGUGGCGGUGGUGGCAGCGGUGGCAGCGGUGGCAGCGGCCGCCACUUCCGCGUCUCGCGCAACCGCGCCCACUACCGCGCCCUGCUGCCGGCCGGCGACUACCGCGUGCUCGCGCGCUGCCACGGCUACCAGGACCAGCAAGUGACGUGGCGCGUGGUGGAGGGCGUGGUGAAGGAGAAGCCGGUGGUGAUGCGCCGCGUCAACGCUGAGCACCUGCCGGCGCCCGAGGACCGGCUCCCGCUCCCAGAGGACCCCAACACCGUAUACGUCACCGGGCUGGCGCUGGACGCUGGCAGCUCGCCGCUGGCGGGGGCGCGGCUGGUGGCGCACUCGCUGGCGCCGCCGCGGCCGCUCGCCGACGCCACCAGCGACGCCGUCGGCCGCUUCGUGCUGCCACUGCCGGUCACUGCCACCGGCCGCGAGCUGCUGCUCUCUGCCACGGCCGACGGCUACGUCACCGCCACGCGCCACGUCACGGUGAACAGUGAAGGCAACGUGACGCCCAACGUGCUCUUCAAGCUGGAGAAGGACGACACGGUGUUGGGCAUGCCGCGUCUGGUCUUCGUCAUGGUGGCCGGCGUGGUGGGGGUGGCGCUGGUGGGCAUGGGCGCCUGGUGCUGCGGCUGGCGGCAGCGCGCAAUCGACGAGCGCCGCUCCUACCUCUUCUCGCAGCUGCCGCCCGACGACGACAAGCGCCCGCUCUGCUCGGACGCCUCCUACGACCUGCUGCAGAAGCCGUACUACGACGACGACGAGAUGCCGCCUUCGGACACCGACUCGGAAGACGAGAUCGUGCUGCUCAGGUCCGACAGGGAGUGGAAACCGCUCGAACAGGAAGAGGAC